AUGAUAUUACAACAGCAGCAGCAACAGAUUGACAUAAACAGCCAGAAUGAGAGAGGGAAGCAGAACAUAUCAAUCAAUCAAGUGACACUUCUGCUUUGCUUGACAAUGACAACGUGCGAUGAGCAACCAAGUUUCACACCACUUCCACAGGCAUGGAGGGAUAAUUGA